AUGAAGUCCAAUGCGUGGUGCAUCACUCAUGGAUUGAUCAACGCCAAGAUUCUUCAUCGUUUUAAUAUGAUUCUACCAAUGUAUUUUGUUUUUGUUUCUUCUAUUCGAUGGUUUUCCAGCAAUGCAGCCAAGCUACAUCACUAUGUGCUAGUUGUCACUAGACCGUCGGCUCCUUUGGGAGAAGGCACACGUACACGGAUAUCCUAUUCUGGAGAGUCGUAUGUUUUUCAAGGAUUCUCGGUAUUUUUUCAUCGUGAGCUACCUGGAGUCCUACCCCGAAUGCCGGUUUCGCGUUGGACCAGUGAGUACGAAUUCCAUUUCGAAAAAGCACCUAUGCUGGAUUGCUUCACUGUCGAAGAGUUGAAUAUGUUUCAUCGAUAUGUGUUCGUUGAUUUACUGGAACUGUACGAUGAGUCGCUUCGUGCAUUUGGCGUAAAUGAUGGUUGUCCAGUUUACCACGUAAUGCCACGUUUUAUUUCUGAGCGAGGUAAUAUUCAUCGUAUAUGUUACAUAUCUUUUGGACUGCUUCCGACGAGCGAGUCGUUGACUUCACCGUUUGUUCUAAUAGUUUUGAUCACUUACAUUGCUCUAAAUUUUCCGACUAUUUCAAACAUGUCACGUUUAGUCAGUUCCACAGUUUCAUAUGCAAAUUUGAGGGCCGUUCAGCUUAGUGCACCUAAAGUGAUUCCUUGUUCUGGUUUUUUGGCGACAGGAAUCUAUGCGGAUAUGCCGGCGCAUGUACUCUUGCUUAUUCUCGCUGUGAAGCAUGCUCGAUUUCACUGGUCUCUUGCGGAGUUUGAGAAGAUUAUCUCGUACACCUUCGCGAAUCGCUCUGUUGUUGAGCUUGCAUUCACUCAUCCAUCUUAUAAAAACGACUUUGGUAAGCCUCACCUAUACAGUUUAAUGUAUUAUCUACUAUGUGGUGUACCGAAAGUAGUUGAUCGAUUUCCUGGGUUAUCGAAGAUUGCUCACAACGAAAGGCUUGAGUACCUUGGUGACGCCGUUGUGGAAUUGAUUGUAUCGAAUCGUUUGUUUUUUAUUCUACCUCACCAGGAAGAAGGUGGCUUAGCCACCUACCGCAGCGCGCUCGUCCAGAAUCGUAACCUCGCCGCACUUGGGAAGAAACUGAGACUUGGUGACUGGAUGAUGUACGCCCAUGGCAUCGAUUUGUGCGAUGAAGAAGAUUUUCGAAAAUCAUUGGCAAACACAUUUGAAGCUGUGCUCGGAGCAAUUUAUUUGGAUGGUGGAAUUGAAGAGUGCGAUCGUAUAUUCGCGGAAGCGAUGUUUGGUGAUGAUCCUAUGGUGAAGAUGCUUUGGCUUAACGUACCCGAACAUCCUCUUAAGGUCGAACAGCCGGAGGGUGACCGCAUGUUUAUUGAAGGUACUGAUGAUCUAGCGGAGCUUAGUGAUCUGGAGGAUAUUCUCGGCUUUCGAUUUCAGAAUAUCCGAUUACUUGCAAAGGCACUUACUCGAAGAAAUGUCCCCUACAAUACGCUCACAUGUGGGAACAACCAGCGUCUUGAGUGGCUCGGGGAUGCAGUCUUACAGCUUAUUAUAUCCGACUACCUUUACCAUCAUUUUCCUAAUCAUCACGAAGGACAUCUUUCCUUAUUGAGGACAUGCCUUGUAUGCAAUGAAACACAGUCUCAAAUUUGCGAGGAUCUUGGUUUACAUAACUACAUUGUGCAUCCUCCGGGCGGGAGUUCACGCCUUCCUGAACUUAGUCUCAAGGAUAAAGCCGAUCUGGUUGAAGCACUUAUCGGAGCAAUCUUCGUCGACCGUGGAUGGGAUUACUGUCGAGCUUUUAUCUACAUAUGUUUUCUUCCCCGACUUAAACACUUCAUCGAUUCAAAAAAGUGGAACGACUCUAAGUCGCAACUUCAACAAUGCUGUUUAGCAUUGCGAGAUUUGGAUGCAAACGACAGCUCUGCUCCAGAGAUGCCCGAGUAUCGUACUAUAGGUAUUGAGGGAUCUACAAACGCUCGACAUUAUCGUGUUGCCGUAUACUUUAGGAACAUGCGCUUAGCCGUUGGUGAAGCAAACACCGUGCAUCUUGCUCAGAUGGACGCUGCUAAAAAGGCACUUGAGAAGUAUAAGGACACGUUCUCAUCUAUAUCUAGGAACAACGUCAAGAAUUUCUCUAUGCGACAUUUUAGACUGGUAUGGUUUUUGAAAACAUCGAGGAUGCUAAAAAGGAUAUUGCUACUAUUGACAUAA